CCCCUCUAGCGGACUCCUAUGAAUUUAAUAGGUGUCCCUCUUGCCGUCCUCCUCCUCCUCUGCCUCCUGAUACGGAGCCUACCAUACGGGACGUAGUAGUCUGGGUAAAGGACUUUGUGGAGUCCUCAAUGAACACCCUAAGGGAUUCCGUGUCAUCCAGAAGACCCAGUGUCCGAUCUCCUCUGAGACCCACUCCUAUGCAGGAGGAAGUCUACCAUACCGUGGACGAAGUCCAUUCCUCUGAGUCUAGCGGGGAGGAAGAAGAGGCUGGAAGAGCUCCUGCGACUGUCAAGGCCUACGCCAGGGUAAAGCGCAUUUUUCUUCUAUGGUGUGCAUCUCAUCAAGUACCAUCUCAGGAUCCUCCAGUAUCAGCUAUUCUUCAGUUCAUGCAGGAUGGACUAGAUAAGGGCCUCAGCCCUUCUACACUCAAGGUACAGAUCUCUGCUCUGUCAGCCGCCUUUGGCAGAUCUUUACAUCAAGACCCUCUGAUUAAGAGGUUCCUUAAUGGAGCCGUACGUCUUAAGCCUAGCAUUUCAAGACCUAUACCGCAGUGGGAUCUCUCAGUGGUGCUUAAAGGGUUGAGUGGUCCUCCCUUUGAACCCUUGGAAGAAGUGGACUUUAAGUUUUUAUCCUGGAAGGUAACCUUUUUGUUGGCCGUAACUUCGGCCAAACGCAUUUCAGAGCUUCAGGCUUUUUCGGCAUAUGAGCCAUAUACUUUAUUUUUACCGGACAGAGUCCUUUUACGUUUUUUACCCACCUUUUUGCCUAAGGUGCCCUCUGUGCACAACAUUAAUCAAGUUGUGUCUUUGCCUGUGUUAUGUUCCUCUUCUUCCUCUGCAGAAGAAACUUCCCUCCAUACUCUGGAUGUGGCCAGAUGUUUGAGAAUCUACAUUGAGAGAUCCCGGGAGUUCAGAAGGUCAGAGAAUCUUCUUAUCCUGUUCUUUGGCAGGAAUAAAGGGAAGAAGGCCUCUAAGCCUACUCUAAGUAGAUGGAUCAGAGAGGCCAUCAGAGAAUCUUUCGCUUCCCAGAAUAGACCUCCUCCUGCCUUUGUCACUGCUCACUCCACCCGAGCAGUCUCUACUAGUUGGGCCGAAAGGUCUCUUAUUCCUCUGGAACAGAUCUGUUCCGCGGCCUCCUGGAGCUCACAUUCUACCUUUGUGAGCCAUUAUAGACUCAACCUCAGGGGAUCAGAAGACACUGCCUUUGGGCGGUCUGUUUUGAAUUCCAUUCAGCAUUGAAGUCCCUACCCUUUAGGCUAACUUCUUGCUAAGUCCCCACAUGUGCUGCUGGUUAGGACGUAAGGGAAGCGUUAAUUUCUUAACGUUAAUUUGUUUUCCCUUAGUCCUAACAGCAGCACACAAAUAUCCCUCCCUUUGUUU